AUGAAUCUUUUUCUGCAAGAAUCUGAAUCUGAUUCACCUUCUUGCACUCAAACGUUCAACUAUGACCAAUCAGAUCUCGUACCUGUGAGUCUUUUUCUGCAAGAAUCUGAAUCUGAUUCACUUUCUUAUACUCAAACGUUCAACUAUGACCAAUCAGAUCUUGUAUCUGUGAGUCUUUUUCUGCAAGAAUCUGAAUCUGAUUCACUUUCUUACACUCAAACGUUCAACUCUGACCAAUCAG